AUGCCCUUGACGGCUGCAGAAAAGUCAAAACGGUACCGAGAAAAAAUCAAACAAAACCCGGAAAAAUAUGAAGAAUUUAAGAAGAAGGAAAUACGAAGACAAAAGAAACACCAAAAGAAGAUUAAAGAGCUCACUGAGGACGAGAAAAUAGAAAAAAAGAAAACUCUGGAGAGAACAAAAACGAAAACAAAAAAAAACAAAAACACUCAACCGAAUCUACAAUCAGGGCAAUCACGUGACGCAUCCAAUACUUCAGCUUCACAUUCAUUGAAAAUUAGGUACCGAAAAUUGUUAAAUAACUAUAAAAAGGCUUUAAAGACGAUUCGUCAAUAUAAUACAACAAUACAGACUCUGAGAAAGAAAUUAUACCGAAUGAAAAAAAAAAAACAUGAAACCGAAUUUGAUUUAUCGAACACAGAAAACGAUAAAUUGAAAGCAAGACAAGAAAUAAUGGGAAUAUCAAUUCGUAGUACGUACAAGAAUUGUAAGAAAAAUAAAGAAAAACAAUUACUUAAAAACGUGAUUAGGAAACAGGCGCGAAUAUUGGAAAAAGCACCUGAAAGUAAGAUUUUAGGUCUUAUAGGAAGAAUCAGGAAAAGGAUUAAUGUACAACGACCAAUACAUAAGAAUACUCAGGAAGAAAUAGAACUUUUUUAUUUGAGAGACGACAUUAGUAAAAGCACAGCUGGUAAGAAGGAAACCAGGUCCAAAGACAAACAAAAAGCACAAAUAAGAUACUUAGUCGACACACUGAAAAACGUUUACGAAAUUUAUAAAAAAGACGGUGGGUCAUGCGGCUUCACCACCUUUUACAGAUACAAGCCUUAUUAUGUACUGUCUCCAAGUAUCAAUAAUAGAGAAACCUGCUUAUGUAUUAAGCACAGUAACUUUGAGUACAUGUUUAAUGCACUGAAAUGUAAAGGUGUCAUAACUUACAAGAAUAUAAAGGAGCUCUUGAACAUCGUUGCAUGUGAUAUUACGCGUUAUGACUGCAUGUACAAUAAAUGUAAAGAUUGUAAGAGUAUUUCAUAUGAUGAACAAAAACUCGAUUCUGCUAUAUCAUGGUUCAAAUGGGCUAGGGUAAACCAUGAAUAUGAAAAAUCUGGCAAAGUAUAUAUAACUAAAAAGACCACCAAACAACAGGUAAAAGGAACUGUACUUGAUAUCAUCACCAACUUUCAGAACCAGCUACCGGCGUUUAAAACUCAUUUCUAUAAUUGGAUUGAACAACAACGUCAAUACGGAAAUUAUAUCAAGAACAUGAAAGAUGACGAGAUACUCAUUUUAUGUGAUUUUUCGGAGAAUUUUGAAUGUAAAUAUAGUGAAGAAGUCCAAUCAAUGCACUUUGUUGCCUCCAAAAACACGAUCACUUUACAUUGUGGUGUAAUUUUUUGGAAAAAUCUAUCCCAAUCAUUUGUAUCUGUUUCAGAUAACAAUUGCCAUGAGCCGAAUGCCAUCUGGGCACACUUGAUACCAGUUAUCAAACUUGCAAAAGAAAUGAAUCCUCAUAUCAAAGUUAUACACUUUUUUUCAGACGGCCCAUGCAGCCAGUACCGUCAAAAAAAGAACUUUUAUCUUUUGAGUUUAUUCACCCCAAAAUUGAAACUAUCAUAUUCAACAUGGUCAUUUUCGGAGGCAGGUCAUGGCAAAAGUAUGGCAGAUGGGAUUGGGGGUGCCGUUAAGAGACAAUUGGAUAAAAGGAUUUCUUAUGGUCAUGAUGUUACUAACGCCACUGAAGCAUUUCAAAUUUUAGAGAACAGCAUGAAGACAGUAAAGUGCUUUUACAUAAGUAAUCAAGAUGUUGAAAACAUGAACCAACUUAUUCCCAACGGCAUUGAAGCUGUUCCUGGUACAAUGCAAUUGCAUCAAAUAUCAUCUACACAAUGUAACCAGAUUAAAUAUCGGCAACUGAGUUGUUUUUGUGGGGAAUAUCGUGGUUUGUGCAGUUGCUAUUGUCCCAAAAUACAUAAUUUUGUUAAACCAUCAAAAGAAACUGCCGAAUUGAGUGUUGAGGCCUUAAUAGUUCCUAGGACGUCAAAAGACAACAUGAACGUUACUCCUUGUUAUUCGAGCCUAAGCAUUGUGCCCCAGAAAAUGAAUACGGCAAUUGAUUAUGAAUUUCCAGAAAAUACCCGACAGAUAAGCAAUUCCCCUAUUCAGGUUAUUCCUGAUCACAUGCUCCAAGAUUUAGAAACAUACCAAAGUGAUAAUGAAGAAAACAUAAAUUUUGAUUUCCAUGUGGGUCAUAUGGAUGAAACUCCAAUUUAUUCCUUAGAAGACAACAAUAUUUCUGGACCACUCAUAGAUAUAACUUCUCUGAUCGAUAAUCAGAGAUUAGUCGAACCUAAAUCUGCUAGCAUAAUUCCAACACUGGAAAGUUCUUGCAUGACAGCUUCAGAUCACGUUCUUGGUAAUACCCAAAAUAAACAGCUCAAAGAGAAUCUUGCAUCUCUUGAAUGUCAGCCCUCUAAGAAGAGAAAAAUAAAUAUAUCGAACGACAACAAACAUAACGGAAAAGAAUUUAAGUCAUCAAGGACUUUUUUGUGCUCUAUUUGCAAGGAGCGUCAGCCUUUUGUUAUACAAAGAAUGGUAAAAUGUAAUGCAUGUAAAAAUUGGGUUUGCCUGAUAUGUAGCGGAACAACCUUUUUUGACUACAUUUGUUCGAUUUGUCUUGGGAGUGAUGAAUAG